CAGCGAACAAUAGUCUCUGGAUCAAAUCAACUGCAUUGCAUAUUAAAAGAGUAAAAUAAAUAAGUUGCACAGAUUUGGACAGACUCAGCUCCAUGGACUCUACACAUAGAUUUGGGAAGUACAGAGUGGAGCGGGAAGUGCUUGAUGAGCAGAGACUGGAAGAGGUUACACAGAGAAAAACAUACUCUGACACUCACCCUCCUCCAACUGAACGGCUUAAAGCCUCCUUAAGAUGUACAGUACCAAAACUGAAGCGCAGCGUGGUGAGCAGCUUGCCUGUGUUGUACUGGCUGCCCAAGUACUCAGUCUGGGACUAUGGCAUGCCAGACCUCGUCUCUGGCAUCAGUGUGGGCAUAAUGCACCUGCCUCAAGGUUUGGCAUAUGCAUUAUUGGCUUCGGUACCUGCUGUGUUUGGACUCUACUCAUCCCUCUAUCCAGCAUUGAUCUACUUCUUUUUUGGAACAUCACGUCAUAUAUCCAUCGGUACAUUUACUGUGCUCAGCAUCAUGGUGGGUAGUGUGACAGAGAGACUUGCUCCAGACACAGAUUUCCUCAUUACAAAUGGGACCAACAUCACUGCAGAAGUUGACAUAACUGCUCGGGACUCGUACAGGGUGCAGGUGGCAGCUGCUACUACUGUCCUAGGAGGACUUAUUCAGGUGGCACUGGGUUCGGUAAAGUUUGGAUUUGUAGGAACGUACUUGUCUGAACCUCUGGUGCGGGCUUACACAACAGCAGCUGCAGCCCAUGCUGUGGUGGCACAGCUGAAGUACGUCUUUGGAGUUUCACCAACACGGUUUAGUGGUCCCUUGUCACUGGUGUAUACUCUGAAGGAUGUUUGCUCCUUGCUGCCACACACUCAUCUCCCCACACUGGUGGUCAGCGCUGUGUCCACAGUGUUUCUAAUUGCGGCCAAGGAGCUCAAUGCUUUCCUCAGUCCAAAGCUGCCAGUGCCCAUCCCAGUGGAGCUCAUCACAAUUGUGGCAGGAACAUUGAUAUCAACGUACACCCAUUUGAACAGCAACUACACUAUUUCUGUUGUUGGAGAAAUUCCUAGUGGUCUGAGUUCUCCCAGUGUACCAGAUGUGAGUCUUUUUGGAGAAGUUAUUGGUGAUGCUUUUGCAUUGGCCAUGGUUGGAUAUGCCAUAUCUGUUUCACUUGGGAAAACAUUCGCAUUGAAACAUGGAUACAAGGUGGACAGUAACCAGGAGCUGGUGGCGCUGGGUCUCAGUAAUGCAGUGGGAGGCUUCUUCCAGUGCUUCUCUGUCUGCGCCUCCAUGUCUCGUAGUCUCAUUCAAGAGACCACCGGAGGGAAAACACAAAUGGCUGGAGUGGCUUCAGCUCUGAUUGUGUUGGUGACCAUACUGAAACUUGGACCUCUGUUCCAGGAGCUGCCAAAGGCUGUCCUGGCAGUGAUCGUCUUGGUGAAUCUGAAGGGCAUGUUCAAGCAGCACUCUGACAUUGUUACACUGUGGAGACAUAGCAAGAUUGAUCUGGUGGUGUGGUUGGUCACUUGGGUGUCAACCCUGCUGCUUAAUCUGGAUCUGGGUCUCGCAGCAUCGAUCAUCUUUGCUCUGCUUACUGUGAUCUUCAGGACUCAGCUACCAACAUACUCUGUUCUGGGAAAUGUUCCAGGUACAGAACUGUACGUGGAUAUUGAGACUCACAAAGAGGCGAGAGAGAUUCCAGGAGUUACUAUAUUUCGCUCCUCUGCUACUGUGUAUUUCGCCAAUGCUGAUCUCUACCUCGAGGCCCUGAAAGAAAAGAGUGGGCUUGACAUCAGUAAAAUGAUUAUCUAUAAGAGGAGGCAGGAGGCCAAACAGAGACGUAGAGAGAGGAGAGCAGAGAGACGGGCAAAGCGGCAGGCCAAGAGAGAGAGGCGGGCACAGAGGGCAGCUCAACAGCUGUCUGGAGCACCGGUGUUCUCUGUGGAGGAAGAGGCCGGCUGCUGGAGGGACACAUGCGUGGACGGGGAUGUUACAGACACAGAAGAGCAGGGCUGGGCCGAGAGGGAGAACGGGACAGUGUUUGUCAUCCCAACCACUCCUCGAACACCAGACGGCCAGUCUAGAUGGGAGUACCUGAAAGGAGGAGAGCCAGACUCCACCAGCUUAGGGUGGAUGUCUGAGCUGCAGGACGGGGACACCACCACUCUGGGCUCCAGCAGUGAGGACACACUGAGUCGCGACCUGGAGCGGGUCUCCCUUGGGUCACUUGGCAAGUGGACAUGGGACAUUCACUCCAUCAUUAUUGAUCUCUCCACAGCUAACUUCAUUGACACAGUGGCGAUCAAGACAUUGAAAAAUAUUUUCCAGGACUUCAGUGAGAUUGAUGUGGACAUCUACAUGGCAGGUUGUCAACCCUGUGUGGUGGAACAGUUAGAGCGUGGCGACUUCUUCUCUGAAAAGAUCACAAAGAGACGUCUCUUUGCCUCCGUCCAUGAUGCUGUGCUUUACUGUCUGGACCACCGUGGAGCAUCAUUGCUCCCCAGAUAUGAGCCAUCAGCGGACACAUACAUCUGCACAAAACUUUAAGAACUUCAACGUAACUGGACAUCCAACACUGAAGAUUGAAUAACUGUCUCAGCAUCUACUGGGAGGAAUAUCAGAAGCUUUUAUGAAACUGAAUUUAUAAAUGAACAGA